AUGGAAAUUGAUCUCAUUCUCAAAAUUCCACUUAGUUUAUAUAGAGGCGAGGACCGGCUGGUUUGGCAUUUUGAUAAAAAGGGCUGCUAUACGGUGAAGAGUGGGUACUAUGUUGGCAGGUUAGUGGAAGGGUUGGAGAAGCAAGCUUUAGGGUCUGACUCGGGGGUGAAGCGUGGAAGAUUAUGGUGUAAACUUUGGAGUGCUCAGGUACCUCCUAAGGUACGUAUGCAUGGUUGGCGUUUGGCACAGGGAACAUUACCCACUAGAGCUGCCUUGAUAAAGAAAAAGGCUCAGCUCCCAGACGUCAGUUGUGUGUUUUGUUUGAAUAGUGUUGAGGAUAGCUUACAUCUGUUUAAAAACUGCAAUGCACUUCGUGCCUUUUGGAAGCAAUACAUGCUACAAAUCCAGCCUUAUACCCACCCAUCUGUGAGUAUUGAAGUGUGGUUUUGGGAUAUGAUAGAUAUGUUGAGUGGUGAGACACUAGGGGCAUUUUUAAUGACAUUGUGGGUGAUUUGGGUGGAACGGAAUAAUAUGGUGUGGAGAGGUAAGUACUAUAAUGCUGCCAAUAUGUUUGAAUGGUCCAUCACUUUGCUCAGGGAGUACAAAGAGUGUCACCAACAUAGCGGAAGCAAGAAGAAGAGAGCUAUAUCAAAAUGGUCAUGUCCCCCACGUGGUAGACUCAAGGUAAAUAUAGAUGGGAGCUUUGAGCAGGAACUUGGUAGUGGAGGUGUGGGUGUGGUAGUUAGAAACUAUGAGGGAGAGUGUGUUGCUACUUUUGCUAGGCCUUUUCAGUAUGCUUUAUCCGCUUUUCAUAUGGAAGCGGAAGCUCUUAGAGCAGGUAUGCUAAUAUGUAUUCAGCAAGGGUGGGAAGAUGUUGAAGUCGAAAGUGAUUGUGUGAAUUUGGUACAUGCACUCCACAACACCGAUGACGAUCUCUCUAUUGCAGGAAGAGUUAUAGAGGACUGCCAAAGGUAUGUUAGUGCUUUUAAUUUCUUUCACUUGCAACAUAUUUAUCGUGAAGCAAAUAGUGUGGCAAAUAGAUUGGCCCGCUUUGCUAGAUGUAAUAAGUUGGAUGUUUUCAGUUUAGAUGAGACACCUGUUAUUAUUUAG